ACGCACAGGCCUUUCUCCUCGUGCUCCAGGGACGCGCAGGGCUCUGUUGUCUCUGUUGCUUCACAUGUGGCGUCAUGAGCACACUCCCACUACACUGUGCGGAAAUCUGAACCCAGGGCGGGCUGGGAGCUGUGGCACCGCGUCCAUUUCCCUGUGACAAAGCUCCAGACACGCUACUUGAAGACAUGCUUUGAUAAACUUUGAUACUGGCCUGAGAUCUUUGAUUUUGAACAAUGGCGGAUCCGGGCGCAGCCGGGGCCACGCUCAGGAGAAGAGCGACCUUUGCAGCGCAGAGAGGAGGGAGUCUUCUGCCGAUGAACGGGUCCUCUGUGGCGACGUGUCUGAGUGAAAACAGCCCCGGACAGAGACCAGACAGCCCGGGACAGAGAGCUGACAGCCCGGGACAGAAGCACGGAGCACCGGAAGCAGCGCGCGCAAAGGGCAAAAGUGGAAAACACAAACGGAGAAAUGACAAACCCAGUGACAUGCUCAGUUGUCACAAGACGCAGGAGUCCCUGCUCAGUUCUGCCAGUGGUUACAACAACUACAGAGGAGUCCUCAACUGGUGUGUGGUGAUGCUGAUUCUCAGUAAUGCUCGCCUGUUUUUGGAAAAUCUACUUAGAUAUGGUAUUCUGGUAGAUCCCAUUCAGGUGGUGUCAUUAUUCCUGAAGGAUCCUUAUAGCUGGCCAGCUGCCUGUCUUGUGAUUGUGUCCAACCUAUUUAUUAUGGUGGCCCUCUACACUGAAAGACAGCUCUCGAAAGGCUCUUUCAGUGAACUUGUUGGGUUUGUGGUCCACUGCAUUAACCUGACAGUCAUGCUAACCUUCCCUGCAGCUGUGGUCCUAACGGUCCCCUCAGUGACCCCAGUCGGUGGGGCGUUUGCUCUGGGCAUCUACACUAUCCUCUUCCUAAAGCUGUACUCCUAUAGAGAUGUCAACAUGUGGUGCCGGGAUUUGAGCAGCGCCAAAGCCAAAAAACUGUCCCGAUCCCUCUCCUGCCCCACUGGAUUUUCUGGGGAUGAAUCAAAGGUGUGUUACCCUGGAAACCUUACGAUGAAAGACAUAUACUAUUUUGCUUUUGCCCCUACUCUGUGCUAUGAACUCAACUUCCCACGUUCUCCCAAAAUCCGAAUGAGUUUUCUUAUAAGGAGACUGGUUGAAAUGUUGUUCUUCACUCAGCUGCUAGUUGCUCUCACUCAACAGUGGAUGGUUCCUAUUAUACAAAGCUCUAUGAAACCCCUCGAGGAUAUGGACCUAUCCAGAAUGAUGGAGAGGCUUCUACGGCUAGCAGUGCCUAAUCACUUGCUGUGGCUCAUGUUUUUCUACUGGUUCUUCCACUCAUCCUUGAACUUCACUGCUGAGCUGCUGUGCUUCGGUGACAGGCAGUUUUACAAGGACUGGUGGAACGCUGAGACAGUGACUUAUUUCUGGCAGAACUGGAACAUCCCCGUUCACAAGUGGUGUUUACGGCACUUUUACAAGCCAUUGCUAAAACGAGGGUUCAGCAAAAUUGUCAGCCAGUCUGCAGUUUUCUUCUUGUCUGCCUUCUUCCACGAGUACCUGGUGAGCGUUCCUCUGAGGAUGUUCAGACUUUGGGCCUUUAUGGGCAUGAUGUCUCAGCUUCCACUGGCCUGGUUUGUUGGCAACAUGCUGCAUGGUAACUAUGGCAACGCGGCGGUGUGGAUGUCCCUGAUCAUCGGACAGCCCUUCGCCGUUCUGAUGUAUGUCCAUGACUACUAUGUGCUCCACUACCGGCAGGACACAGACUGAACCGAAGUACGCGCACGCUCGGACUUUAUAAACCGUGCCAACUAAUGUCACUCAGGACAGCACAGACGUCGAGGGGCAUUCGGCGCCAAACCGGAUCUAUCAGAGAGAUGCAGACAGAGAUGGUCAUUUAUGUAAGCACUAAGAGCUCAAACUCAUGCAAAAAACUUUAAUUAAUACUUAGUGCAGCUAUAUAACCAUACACGGAUUGUUUUAGGAACGUACAAGGCCAUGUUUCAAAUUGUUACAAGAUUUCUUAUGUUUGACCUGUAUCAUAGUCACAAAUGCUAAUCACUAACAAAAAGAGCAGCUGUACUUUUGUAUGGCGUAAUAACUAGGUUCAACUUUUGAGUAUUAAAGGUUUUUAGGGUCUUCCUCGUAUGUCAUUUCAAUGCAAGUGCGUGGACACAUGUUCGGCACAUGUGGCCUCUCAAAUAUUAAACUUUCUUUUCUGUGAAUAACGGUAUAUCUAGGUUCAUAAUAUUAAGGAAUACAUCUACAUCACGUGUUGCAGAGGGUUGGGUUUGCAUGGAAAUGUGUGAAAAUAAAGGAACGUGGUACUGUCUCUUUUAAACUCAGGAUUUUAUAGGAAAAUGUUAUACUGCAAAAAAACGUUCUAUGCAAUAUAUAAUUUCACUAGUUUUAUCGGCUGGUUUAUUGUUUUUUGGAGCGUUGUAUCAGAUUUUAUUUUUUGUAGAAGCCAAACAAUGGGACUGCUGCUAUGGAUAUGAUAAUUUAAGAAUAAAAAUGGUACCUGAA